AUGUCAACCAAAGAUAAAUCUCGAGAAAUAACGACGGGUAUAGACAAGGAUUUGUCUGCAACUCAUAUGCUUCUACAGACAAAGUGUGUAACUAGUGGGUGUAUCAAGGUAUGGACUCCCAAAAUAGAGUCCGGUACAGUCUGUGUUAACUCCUAUCAGCCAUCUUCAAAAUUCAUAGUCAAAAUAAUAAUAUUUUAAUAAAUUUAAAUAUGAUUUAUAAAACAGCUGAUAGCAGUGGCAAGUACUGUACUACGAUCACGGCAGACAAUGAGAAAGGUGCGAUGUACGCCAGAGAUCAUCCUGUUUCGACGCAUAGGGCAACAAGUCGUAGAGAUGAGAUGCCACCCCAAGAUACUAGGACGACUGCAGAUAAGAUAAGAGAUACAAGUGGCGUGGUGCGUGUCAAAACUAUUAAUACAACUACGCGUAAGGCAAAAGGUGGGAGUAUGGUGCGCAUGCGUACCAUAGAGAGUCGACUUUCCAGAAAUGUUGAGGAGAGGAAACGUGAAGGGGGCGAGAGGGGCGGGUCUACGAAUAGGGGAAAGGAGGAAGAUGCGUGGAAGAGGAGAAGGAUGUAG